UAUGCCGCGUGGUGGGUUAUACAUUUUCGAGUGCCAGCAAUGCGGUAUGACGUUCGGAGCACCGCAACCGCACCGCCCGCCAGGCCCCCCACUCUUCCAAUGCCCGUUUUGUACUGCGCCUUUGGGAGUCAUGAUAGUGAAGAAGCCAGCAGCGAAUCUGGCGGUUGCUCAACAGCACAGACUACAGAACCAGCUCCUCGCGCUUGCAGCUCCGCAACCGCAACCGCAACCUAACCCGCAUGCUCCCAACAUAGCAAACGCGAUGCAAGCGCUGGCAGCUUUACAGCCGCAUAAGCGGCAUCAGCAUGGGAAUCAAGGUCACCAUGGACGCCGCGGACACGGUGGACGUCACGGGCAGCACGGCGGCGGGUUCGGCAACACGGAUCAAUUCGAAUGUCUGGACCUGGUCCAGAACCAAACGAUCCAAGUCAAGAAGCUCAAAAAGCUGAACGACGCCGUGGGCGCGUUCAACGCGGGCAUCGUGCUUUGCGAAGAAGUGUCCACCAACCGCAAACUGAUUCAGAAACUGUUCCAACGGCGCGACCUCCCGCACGUGUACGCGCGCGAAGUCUCUUCGUUGACGAAGCUGAGUAAAUGCCCACACACCAUCACCAUGAUUGCGAAUAAAGACGGGGGAGGGGGCAGGUCGUCCGAGACGUGGAUUCUGUUUGAGUUUUGCGAUUUAGGUAAUCUUGCUAGUCUGCUGGAACGACAUAUGAAGCACGCGCAGCGCUUCUCCGAGUCUUUUGUGCUGCAUGUAUUAUGGUCGCUUGUAGAAGCUUUGUCGUGGAUGCAGAAUGGCGAUGUUGAGGUGGAGAAGAUAGAUCGGCGGAAUGGGUGGAUGUUGCAUGGGGAUAUCCAUCCGGGUAAUAUCUUUUUGAGGACAAACAGUGAAGAUGAUGAACAAGCGGACGUUGUACUUGCGGAUUUCGGCUCGUCGCGGCAGUUUGGGUCGUGGCGGGAGGAGCCGCCUGUUGGGAGGGAUGCGGCGCAGCAGCGGUUCUUUGGUGUGCCGGAUCCGACGUGGAACAGAAGGGCGGAUAUGUUUCAGGUUGCACUAAUUGUGGUGUCUUUGUGUAGAUUGACAAGGGAGCCGUUGAAAGCGACAACGGGGGCGACGGUGUUGGGAGGUAGGUAUUCGAGUAAGCUGAAUCGGUUGAUAGCUGAGUGUUUGAGAUCGCCGAGUAGUAGACCCAGGGUGAGUAAUGUGAGGACUACUUUAAGCCGCGAAAACAUGUGUGGGGAUGGGACGAUGGCGAAUUUGCUGUUUAAGGGUGGGUAG